GUUUUAUGACUCUAUAAAGGUAUCAAGAGUAAUAAACGCUGCAUUGGUUGAGACAAUAAGUACAGUAUACUGCGUAACGUAUUACGUGUGUUAUAUCACAGUAGCAUCUGGUUUAAUUUGCUAGUUACAUUUAUAAAAAUGUAAAAAUAAUUGAAGAUAAUAAAUAAUUUUUUCGUCAUUCGAUCAAUUAUUAUAGCAUUAAACGAAUUGACGAGUUGAAUUUUAAAUACUUGGAUCAGUCAGUACUAUUUUAUUGUUGCCAUAUGCAAUGUAUGAUAUAGAACUUGCAAAAUAGUAUAAUUUAUUGUUUUUUUCAUAAGAAGAAUAACUAUUUUGGGACUAUUUUUUAAUUUCUAUAAACAUCAUGCUAUUUAUGUACUCGAUAUUUUAUGUAAUAUUGAUAUGGAUUGAAUUGCAGUAAUUAAAUUUCCCGCACUUUCAAUCAUUGACUAGAAACACUGAAGGAAGUCACGUGAUUUAUAGAUUUAGUAAAAACGCUUGUUGCGUGGAUAUGUUCAAAGUAAUAUUAGUGAAGCACAAAAAAUAAGAAUAAAAAUAGUUAAUAAUUUUAUGCUUUCUAAGUAACAAAAAUAUUAAUUAUUAAUCUAAACGCGAGUAAACAUUUUUGAUAACGCUUGAAUCUAAAGUACUAAUUAUUAAUUAAUGUUAUAAGCGUGUUCAUUUUUUUAAUACAGUAGGUAUCAAAUAACCUGUGAAAGUAGUUUAAAUGUAAUACACAAGGAAAGGAAUAAACUAAAUUGAUAACAAUGACGGACACUGUAUAUAAAUAUAUGAAAACACAAAACAGACCUUAUAGUAUUAAUGAUUUAGUUUCAAAUCUUCAUAAUGAAUAUGGUAAAACAGCUGUACAAAAGGCUAUAGAUAAAUUGGUUGCUGAAGGAAAGAUAUUUGAAAAAGUUUAUGGAAAACAGAAGAUUUAUUGUGCAGUGCAGGAUACAUCUCACAAUAUGGAUGAAUUAAUGAGGAUGAACAGAGAAUUACAAAGUCAUGCUAAUGAAGUUGAAAACAAGUAUCGAGAGCUUCAAGAAGAAAUUAAAGUACAGGAGGCUUUAUUGUUAUCUAUAAAGUCUUCCAUUACAAUCGAAGAAGCAAAGAAAGAGAAAGUUAAACUUAAAGAAAGAAUUGAAGUAUUGACAAAUAAAUUGGAUGGACUAAUGGAAGCAAGUGGUACUGAAGAUUUAACUGAAACCAAAAGAAAAACAGAGGAAGCCUUAAAUGAAUAUUCACGUGAAUAUUCAAAACGGAAACGUCUAUGUACUGAUAUUUUAGAUUGUAUAUUGGAUAACUAUCCUAGUAGUAAAACAGAAUUAUAUGAGGAAAUAGGAAUAGAUUUCAAAAUUGUUUAAUGACACAUGUAUUAUAAAUGUUUCAAUGUAAUAAAAUAUAAAUUGUACUUAACGUUAUUAAUUUUAUUUUAUUUGUAUGUGAGAUAUAUGUUUGUAUAUGUAUUUGUAUAUAUAUUUGUAUAUGUAUUUGUAUAUAUAUUUGUAUGUGUAUUUGUAUAUGUAAUAAUUUAGAUUAAUUUAUAUUUUAAGCUAUUUUCUAGUAACUGAUAAUUAUUGUCAUAAGUCACUUUUUGUGUAAUUUAUAGAUUUAUUUAUUAUAAUACUUUAUAAAUGAUAAAAUUAUUUAUUUAUAAUUGUAGAUGGUAAUGUACAUCUCUAUAACUUACCGUAGUAUAUGGAUUUUAAUGCUUUCGUAUUGUACUCUAUGUGUGUUCUAUUCAUACACAUUGUCACUUGACAAAAAUUAUUAUUCUACUUCAUUUAUAUUACUUUAAUAAAUAUAUUAUUAUUUAAUAUUCAAGUA